AUGAUACACCCAUACUUAUCCUCAUCGACAAAAAUAACCAUGGCCACAACUACUGUACAAGCCACGGGCCCUAGCACUCCGUCCGUUUGUGGGCAGCGAACGUUUCCGUCCAUCAUUGACGAGAGAGCUGCCCACCAACCCAACCGAACGUGUUUCUCAACGCCACGCACGUCGGACCCCCGCGAUGGGUGGAGAGAUGUUACCUAUAAAGAAUUUGCGAAUGCUGUCAACUACACCGCUCGCUUCAUUCUGGACAACUACGGAGUUCCUGCUCCCAAUACGUUUCCUACCAUUGCCUACAUAGGCCCCAACGAUGCUAGAUAUUGUAUCAUGACUGUCGCCGCUAUCAAGGCAGGAUACAAGGCCCUAUUCGUGUCUCCCAGAAACCCUCUCGAAGCACAGUUGAACUUGUUCAAAUUGUCCGAUUGCCAGUUGGUGGCACGCCCACCAUCACACCAGUCAGUUGUCGACUUUUGGGUGCGACACUGGGACAUGCGGCAGGUGGAAAUCGAGCCUCUGCACGACAUUUUGUCAAAGCCGCAAGUGCCGAACGUACCAUACACAAAAACCGCAGCGGAAGCAGACUGGGAUCCUUUUCUUGUCCUCCACACCAGCGGUAGUACAGGUCUUCCAAAGCCGAUUGUUUUGAAGCAUGGCUCCAUUGCUUUGACGGAUGCGCAGCACCUGUUCCCCGAGUGGAACGGCACAAUCCCCAUUGCAAAAGCAAUGGAGACGUUGGCAGAGACACAUUUUAGCCCAAUGCCGCUUUACCAUGCGGGAGGUAUUUAUGGGUUCAUUGGGACGGCAGUUCUCAGCAACAGAACUAUAGUCUUCCCCUUCCCCGACCGUCCGCUUACCCCCGACCUCACCAUUGAGAUUCUCCAGGCCACAGGUGCAAAGAGCGCUUCGCUGCUACCUUCUCUUCUGGAGGAAAUGUGCCUUCGGCCUGACCAUAUCGCGGUCUUGAAGCGGCUGAACUUUGUUGGGUUUGGCGGCGGUCCUCUCAACAAAGAGGCUGGUGAUAUUCUAUGCAGGAAUGGCGUGACCUUGCUCAACAUUAUCGGUGCUACUGAGACACUACCUUUCUGCAUCUAUCACCAGAAGAACCAGGAGCUCUGGCAAUACUUUAUCUACAACGAGGAACUCUCUGGCCUCGAAUUUCGAAAGGCAACAUCAGACGAAGACGUUUAUGAAAUGAUUAUCACUAGGAAGUCGAAGCAAAUUCCUGUUCAAGGCAUUUUCUACACCUUCCCCGACAGAGAGGAGUACGCAACCAGCGACUUGUACAAGCCUCAUCCGUCGCUGCCGCAUCACUGGAAAUUCCAUGGCCGAGCCGACAACAUCAUCAACCUCUCCAAUGGCGAGAAACUAAACCCAGUCAAGAUGGAGGAAAUCAUUGCCGGAAACCCUGAUGUGAAGGCUGCUCUCAUCGUGGGAACUCAGAAAUUUCAGCCAGCUUUGAUUAUCGAGCCUUUUGUGCAGCCCAAGACUGACGAGGAGAUUGACGACUUGAUUGAACGCGUCAUGCCGCAAGUUGCCGAGGCUAACGAGACCAUUGCAACGCACGGUCGAAUUGUUCGGCACUUGAUCACAGUGUCCAAUCCGGCGAAGCCCUUCCUGAUGGCAGACAAGGGCACCCUCAAGAGAUCGGCGACAAUCAAGCUUUACGCCGAUGAGAUUGAGGAGCUCUACGCUAAUCCGAGAGAGGUUCCCCUCUUCAAAGUGCCGCGCCUCGACCUGGGGUCCCAAGCCGCCCUCAGCAGGUCGAUCGAGAAGCUUCUCCGCGAGCACCUGGGUGUUCCUCACUUGGAGUCCAACGUUGACUUUUUCGCGGCUGGCAUGGACUCAUUGCAAAUCAUUGCCGCCGCUCGUUCUAUCACUGCGAGUCUCCGGGCUACUCAUAAGCGCUACAGCAGCACAACUAUUGAGGCUCGCGAUAUGUACACCCACGUAACUCCCCACCAGCUCGCCGGCCACAUUUUGCAAUCUAGCAAGGGCAAGCCCGAAGGAGAUGCUACCAGUGGUGACAGUCAGAACCUGAAAGCGAUGGACAGACUGUAUCAGAAGAUGUCAAAGGACCUGAUUCACGCCAAACCUGGGCGCCCAGAGCCAGCGAAGGAGCAGCAGACCGUCAUUCUCACCGGAUCGACCGGGAACAUGGGCUGCUACCUACUCAAUGAGUUGAUCCACAACCCGCACAUCAAGAAAAUCAUCUGCUUCAACAGAUCAAAUGACGGUGGUGCCGGAAAGCAGGCCAAUGCCAUGAAGGAACGUGGUCUAGCACAGCCAGAGAAGAGCGGCAAGGUCGAAUUCUUCCAUACCAACCUGUCACAACCUAAUAUGGGUUUGUCUCAAGAGGUUUACUCGCGUUUGCUCAAAGAGACGGAUCGCAUCGUUCACAAUGCUUGGGCAGUCAACUUCAAUAUGCCUCUCGACGCCUUCGAGCCGCACAUCAAAGGGUGUCGCAAUCUGGCCGAUUUCGCCGCCACGACGGAUAAGCGUGUGUUUAUCAUAUUCGUGUCAACCAUCGGUACCACCACCAACUGGCACCCAAAUCGCGGCCCCGUGCCGGAGAAGUCCUUGCGGGAAUAUGCUGUUUCGGGUCUCGGAUACGGCCAGGGCAAGCUCAUCUCCAGCUUGGUCCUCGAGGAUGCCGCAAAGGUCGGUGACUUCCCUCUGGCGAUCAUCCGUGUUGGUCAGAUUGCUGGGCCUCUCGCCGACCGGGGCAUGUGGAGUCGCCAAGAGUGGCUACCCUCCAUCAUCGCGAGCAGUCUCGUGCUCAAGGCGUUGCCGAGACACCUGUGUGGCAUGAAUACGACCUCAUGGGUCCCGGUGGAGAUCAUGUCGAGAACGAUUCUGGAUAUUGGCGGCCUGACCGAGGAGUCGAGGGACUACCACGAGGGAUACUUCCACGGCAGCAACCCGUCCAUCACAACGUUUGGUAAGCUGAUCCCGGCCAUUCAGCAGUACUAUGGAAAGCACAAACUGCCUGAACUCGUCAGCUUCAAAGAAUGGGUUGAGAGGUUGGAGGCAAGCCGCACGGCGCAUGGAGCGCUUGGUGCCGACCGUAACCCAGGCCUGAAGCUGGUGGAUUUCUACAAAGAAACUGCUACUGUAGGGGAGGACAUACCAAACACUAGGACGCAUGAUACUACGAGAACGGCAGCUUGUAGCCCGGCGCUGCGCUCUGCUGGGCCUGUGACACCGGAAUUGAUGGCCCAUUGGUGUAGGCAGUGGAAUUUUGAGAGCCCGGCUCGCGUCGGUCGUUUGUAA